AGGCGGCGGCCGGAGUUCCGCGGGGCGGCGGGGCACACACAGUUAAUCCUCCGCGGCUGCUGUUUGGACGAAAGCGCUGGGAGUGCUGGCGGCUCCUCGCGGCUCACAUCUGGCUGGGCUUCGCUCCGUGCGCGUCUGUCCCACUUUCUGCGUCUCUUCCUUUACUUUCGAGAAACCGCGCUUCCGCUUCUGGUCACAGGGACCUCGGAGCCUGGGUGGCGGACCAGAGGUGCUGGGGGCACCCGCGGCUGCUCGCACCGCCCCCACCCUCCUGCUCUGCACCGUCGGCCCCGAGGACUCGUCUCCCCGCUCUGUCUCCUCCGGCGGGUCUGCGCGUCUCCCUGGACCUGGCGGGGAGGAGGCUCGGCCGCGGGGAGAUGCUCUAAGGGCGGCGGGGGAGGAACGGCCGGCGGGACGGAGGGCCCAGUAGGAAGAUGGGCUCCCGUGGACAGGGACUCUUGCUGGCAUGCUGCCUGCUCCUGGCCUUUGCCUGUGGCCUGGUCCUGAGCCGUGUGCCCCAUGAUCAGCGGGACCAGCAGGCGUGGGAGGGGAAUGAGGAGCCGCCGUCCCCGCCGGACCAUGCCGAGAGGGACGAACAACAUGAAAGAUACAGCCCCAGCCGGGGCCAGGGGCUCCCGGCUUCCCAGUGUUUGCGCUGCUGCGACCCCGGGACCUCCAUGUACCCGGCGACGGCAGUGCCCCAGAUCAACAUCACCAUCUUGAAAGGCGAGAAGGGUGACCGCGGAGAUCGAGGCCUUCAAGGGAAAUAUGGCAAGACAGGCUCAGCAGGGGCCAGGGGCCACGCCGGACCCAAAGGGCAGAAGGGCUCCAUGGGGGCCCCUGGGGAGCGGUGCAAGAGCCACUAUGCCGCUUUCUCGGUGGGCCGGAAGAAACCCAUGCACAGCAACCACUACUACCAGACGGUGAUCUUCGACACGGAGUUCGUGAAUCUCUACGGCCACUUCAACAUGUUCACCGGCAAGUUCUACUGCUACGUGCCCGGCAUCUACUUCUUCAGCCUCAACGUGCACACCUGGAACCAGAAGGAGACGUACCUGCACGUCAUGAAGAACGAGGAGGAGGUGGUGAUCCUGUUCGCGCAGGUGGGUGACCGCAGCAUCAUGCAGAGCCAGAGCCUGAUGCUGGAGCUGCAGGAGCAGGACCAGGUGUGGGUGCGCCUCUACAAGGGCGAGCGCGAGAACGCCAUCUUCAGCGACGAGCUGGACACCUACAUCAUCUUCAGUGGCUACCUGGUCAAGCACGCCUCCGAGCCCUAGCUGGCCAGCCACCGCCUUUCCUCUGCCACCUCCUGCCCCUGCGCUGUGCGGACCCCACCGCCUCUUCCCCCAUCCCUGGAUUCUGCCUCCUGGCUUUGGCAUUCAAUGAGACACCCCGCACGCCUGGAAAGCCAGGGCGGCCAAUGCUCCCAGAUCCUGCAGCCUCUGGAGAGGGCUGACGGCAGAUGAGAUCACCAGGGCAGGGCGCCCGCAAGAACCCUUGGGGGCCUUCUGCUGCCCUUUCUGCACGAAUCCUCAAGUGACCCCACGCAGCGAGACGUGUGUGGCGGCAGGGCGUCCCACGGUGCGGCACUGUGGCUCCAGUCCUUGGAAAUAAUUAGGCAAAUUCUAAAGGUCUCAAAAGGAGCAAAGUAAACUGUGGAGGACAGAGAAAAGCGGUUACUUUUGUCUUUCCAGCCAGCCUGCUGGCUCCUGAGAGAGGGGCUUUUUCACUCGAGCUCCGCUUAAGAGAAGAUCCAAAGUUAAAGCCGUGGGGCCCGGGGAGGGGGCUGGGGGCAGGAAACCACCUCUGGCUUACUUCUUUUAAGCCACGUAGAUGCUUUCUUGAGGGACAGCUGGACCCCGACAUCCCUGUGGCCUUGUCCAAGAGCUCAGCUGGUCUUUCUGAGUCACAGCUGCGAGGAGAUCUGGGCUGGGGUCGCAAGCAUCAGCCCCCCAGAGGGACAGCUGAGUGCCCUGCCAUUGGCUCUGGGCUGGCAGAAGCAGCUGAAGGGCUCCUGACAAUGGCCAGGGACCUGUGGGUCCCCCAGGCCUGCAGAUGUCUCUAUGGGGGCAGAGCUCCUGGUGUAUCCAUGUGUGGCUGCCUCACCCCCUGUGCUACUCCAGAGCCCUGGGUGGUGGUCCCUGGUGUCAGCUUUCUGUGCUGCCUCCCAUGUGGACCAGCCCCAGAAGGCCCCGGGGCCUGGGCUUCUGUUUUUUAUAAAAUGCCUCACGCAGCACCGCAGUCUCCUUGUGGGCUAAGCAUCCCCAUUUCCGCAUGUGCCGUGUUGUUUGCAGCGAGGCUGAUCCAGACCCCUUCCGCCCCCUCCGCCCUCACCCAGCCUCUGACCAGCAGCCUGAGAGGGGCUUUCUCUGGGCUUCAGAGCAGGGGGAGCUGGAAGGGGCUAGAAAGCCCACGCUUGCCUGUUUGUCAGGCUCCUGUGAGCCUCAGUCCCGAGACCAGAGUCGAGAGGAAGUGCACGUCCCAACCCCCCAGAUUGGGACUCACUCUCAGGAGCCGGGUGGCAGGAGAGGCAAUACCUUUGGCAAUUUCCAGACCACCUGGAGCAGGGCCGCGGCGUCUCUGUGGUGCCCUGGCAUGGUUGCCAGCAUCCUCUGCUCUCCAGGAACCCCGCAGCCCCUCUCCACCUCACCCCACGUUGAUGCCCAGGGGCACUCUUGCUACUUGCUGGCCCCCAAACCCCGGUGCCUGUCUUCCUUCCCUCCCCAUCCCCCACCUGGUUUUGACUAAUCCUGCUUCCCUCUCUGGGCCUGGCAGCCGGGAUUGGGGUCUGUACGUCCCUCUCUUUAAAGAACUUCUGCGGGUCUUCUGAAAGCCGGGUUCCCGUGGGCGUGCCUGGAAGCAGAGUGUCACUCGCUGUUUUGCUCACGCUCCCCCAGCUCUUUCAGAAAACAUUAAACUCAGAACCGUGUUUUUCAGCA